ACCUGAAUCAUGCUUCGAACUCAUAUCAAGGCUUCGAAUUCCCUCACAGUCUUAUUUGCUUUCAUGUAGGAGAAUAGGAAAUUCUCUUUCUCAUAACCGUUCACAAUGUCUUCUCCAUCGCAAUCACCUCCUUCGAACUCGACCAAUCUUCCACCGCACUGGGAAGAACGGCGAGAUGUUGAAGGAAGGAUAUAUUAUAUCAACCACGCUACGCGCUCAACAUCAUGGGGCAGAUCGACACCCCCAAAUGUGGUGGAGACGAUAGAAUCAUCCGCAGAAACAAGUAGCCAAUCUGCCCUUGACAGACUUCCUGACGGAUGGGAGCGUCGUGAAACUCCCAACGGACGAACAUACUUCAUCGAUCAUAACCGUAGGACGACGACGUGGGUCGAUCCAAGGACACCCUCAGCUGGCUCGGAGUCAGAAGAUGAAGAUGGAGAUGAGCUAGGAAUCGCGGAAGUGGUAUCGGGCACUUUGCUUGCUGGGCCGUUGCCAGCCGGGUGGGAGAUCAGACCCAGUAGGUUUGAAGGGAUCUUCUAUUUCGUGGAUCAUAAUACUAGGACUACUAGUUGGGAAGACCCCAGGAUGGAGUAACCGGGAAAGGACCCAAAGUCCUGAUUUCAUCCGCAAGAUUACGUUUUUCAGAGUAUAUGCUCAUCUCGUACACGACAUUAAUUGCUAUUGGCUCUCACUAUAUCAUUGAAUUCCAAUUUUGACAGCU